GAGUGAUCUUAACCGAUUUGUUCAGACACUUCAACAAACCGUCCAAACCUCAAACGAAGUAGUCUUUUGUAAGCGAUCGGACUGAUUUAAUCACAAUUUUAUAGGCCUGUACAGUGUACAAGUAACAUAACUAAUUCGAAUAAUACCUUUUUGCUUCAACUGCUACAGUUUUUACGAAUUAAGCCGAUUCCAGCAUGGCUCCGAACGAUCCCUACCUACGUGAAUAUGCUGAUGGAGUCCGCGAGAUAGAAGUAACUAUAAAUUUGAUGAUGGCUAGAGCUAAGCAGACCUCGUCGAGCCUCUACAUGACAUUCGUGGAAUUGGAUGACCCCUACUACAACAUUGCUCAUUCAGCCGUAUUGGAAGCCAUUCGUCAAAUACCGAGUGCUCCCAUUAUCAGACAGUUUGUGAUGUGCGCUCAAGAGUUUAGACGUCCAGGUCGCGGAAUAAUGGACGGCAUUGAAUGCGAAUUGUCCCGGCUGGUGUUAGGUGUCUGUAUGAAUCCGGUUUUAAAAGCUAUCGACCAAUCCAAGGGAUUUCCAAUAUCUGCGAAGGAGAACCUUGCGUGUAAGGCUUUUGUGGAGAAGCUGGUGAUAAUGGCUAAAACUGAAGAGGAUAUGAAGGAACAUUUGGACAAGGUCGGUGAUGCAUUGAAAGCAAUCGGACUGGAGAAAAUUGAUGCUGGCCGUUGUCGUUAUGUCGCCAUGACGUUCGAUAACAAUCAGAUGAGUGUCAAGAAUGAUUUGGAUUUUCAGCUGGCUGAUCAAAAAAUUCGGGGUGUUCAGAAGCGAGAGUCGUGGCAAUUUUUGGGCAAAAAAUUUCAGGUUAAAUGAGAUGGAAAAUGUGUUUUGAUGUAUGCAUUCAUUGAAUUGAAUUCGAUUUGUGUGUGCAAUUUUAGUAAAUAAUUGAAGGACGUUUGUAAAAGUUGUGAGUCAUCAAUUUUAAAUUAAAUUUAUCCAUUGGCA